AUGGAGAUUUACAUUAGACUUAACGCAGAUGUCGAGCAUGACUAUGCAUUCCAGAUGUCAAAUGAAGACACUAUUAAUAAUAAGAUCAAGAAUAUUUUCCCUUCCGGAACGGGUUUGGCGGACUUAAUGGUGCUGAGACCAUCUAUUUUCCAUGAGAAAGUCCCUGUAAAGUUUCAUAAGUCCAUUCACCCGGGAUACCUGUCUGAGGGUGGUUGUUUGAUGUUCCAUUAUGACGCUGAUAACGAAGAAAACCUCGAGGAGUUGAACGACUCCAAACCACUUAUUGAUCAGUUGUGGCCUGGUCAACUUGUUGUUCCAGAAUGGAAACUCUCCAAGAAAAACAUAUGGGUGUACGCUACCAUCAUGCUGGCUUGGUUGUACACUGAUUUGCCCGACGCCAUUUCCCCAACACCGGGUAUUUGUUUGACUAAUCAAUUGUCUCGAUUAUUGAUUCCCGUGGCCAAACACAUGGACUUACCUGAAAUUGCUGCUAAGCUGGAACAAGAAAUUCAGGCAAACUAUUCUAGCCUUGUGGCUCAAUGGCUUUUCUUUGUCAUGCACAUUUUAAAAGUGGCGGUGAUUACUUUAUUUCUCAAACUGGGUAUUGCUAACCCCAUCAGCUUUAACCCUUACAAGUUAUGGACCCUGAGAGAUUUAACUUCUCCCUCUGCUAAGAGUAAUAAUGCUAAAAACUCUGCAGGCAAUAGUAGUGCUACUGACUUGAAAACACGUUUGCGCUCUCUAGGUUGGAUUGGCGCUAAGAGAGCUACCUAUGAUGAUUACCAAACUAACUAUUAUAACUAUGUCAUCGAUAAAAUGGGCGGUGCAGUUGCUGCGUACAGAGCAGGUGCAAUCAGGAAAGCAGCAGCUCCAGGUAUUCAAUUGGUGGCUGGCGAGGGUUUUCAAACCCCUCUGGAAGACAGGUUCACUGCUUCCACCUUCACGGCCAUUAAAACUGAACGUAAGUUUAUUCUAAGUGAAGAAUAUUUUGUGGAGCUGGAAAACAACUUAAAGAAGAUCUUGGAAGAAUAUGACGGUGAUAUUGGUAAAAUGAAUGCUGAAAUUCGGAGGUUUAGAAGGUUCGGUAUAUAUGAACCUGAUGAAAAAUUGGCCACACUAGUGAAGCUCAGAAGAGAAAUCGCCGACGAAAAAGAGAAAGCAUCUAACAAUGAUGCCGCCUCUGAUAUCGAAAAGAUUGAUGUGAAAAAAUCUAAAUAA